AUGAGUACAAUGGAUAUAAACAAAUUGGAGAACGAUGAUGAAAAUAAGUCACCUGAUAAAAAACAAAUAGAAGAAGAAGAAAAAGAAGUAAUGUUAAAAAUGGAAGAUAACUCUGGAGUUACGGAUGAAAAAGCCGAUGGCGGUGGCCCUGUAAAAACCGCUCUUUCCGGAGACAUUACAGAGCAAGGGCGGGAAGUGAAACCGAAAUUUAUACCCAUAGGUGCAAUUAAAAUGCCUGGGUUUUUUACCAAGAAUUCAGACAAAGAUAAGUCAAAGGAUGAAGAUGAGAUACAAAAGGAUACUGAAAAUGAAAAGACUGAUGAACCUAAAAUCAAACAUAACCGUCUACAAUUUUUACACACUUGUCCCUUCACUCAGUUUUUACAUACAGCUAAGAACAAUGGAGAGAAUGGUGAAAGAAAAAGAAUUUUCAACAUCAAAUAUCCUAAAGUUUUCCAGAAACGCUCAGGGACUGACCCUGAAGCAACUCUGGCUUCUAUGGAAACUUUAGAAGACAAACUUGACACACCAAAUGAUGGAAUGGAAAAUAUUAAAUUAGAAGUGGUGUAUGAUAUAGUAGUCUGCAUACUAGCUCUGAUAGUGCUGUUAGCUGUGGUUAUUGGUAUAGUAGUUGGAUCACGUGCCGGGCCACCAGCAGAACGCCCACUACGUUUGGGUCGCUAUAUAAACACCCACACUGCUUGCGGGCCAGUGGAAGGCAUUCUGGAUGAAGGAGUCUAUAAAUUCUAUAAUAUACCUUAUGCAGUUCCACCAGUAGAGGAUAAGAGAUUUACUUAUGCUCAAUAUUUUAAUAAUAUAUCUAUGUGCUGGAAUGGAACAUACAAAGCUCAUGAACCUGGUCCAGUUUGUCUGCAGUUUUUGGAAAAUGGCACUAAUAUUGGCGAAGAGAACUGCUUGACCUUAGAUGUUGUCACUCCUCAUGUUAAAUAUGACUCUCCUCUACCAGUUGUUAUACUGAUCGGAGCUAACUCUUUAGCUGGUGGUAUUAGCCCAGCUCAGCCUUCUGCUUUAUAUGCACGUACCAAAGAAGUUGUAUUUGUAAGACCGAAUUUCAGACUCGGGGCAUUCGGUUUCUUAGCACUUGAUAUUUUGUCUCAUUCAAAAUACCCGGCUACAUCAGGAAAUUACGCUUUAAGUGAUCUAUUAGUGGCACUACAAUGGGUGAAAUAUAAUAUUAAGGAAUUUGGUGGAGAUCCAUCUUCAGUCACAUUGUUGGGCCACAGAGCUGGUGCCACAUUGACUGCUGCCCUUACCACAGUCACCAAAGCUCAGAAGCUUUAUUCUAGAGUUUGGUUGUCUUCUGCGUCUGUAAUUUUUCCUGGAGAAACAAUAGAUCAAAAUAAGAAAUUUGAUCAAUUCAAACAAAGAAUCAAAUGCAAUGAUGUCGAAUGUCUCCGACGUAAAACAACGACGGAAAUUCUAAUAGCCAUACCUGAUGUUUGGCUAGGAAAUAAUGUUGGGACGUUACCGGUUACUGCUGAAGAAUUUCAACAUUCUUGGUUGACAUUAGAUGGUGAUUACUUGAGGGUUCAUGCUUACGAAAGUUGGAGUAAACAGAAAGAAGCAGGCAAGGAAAAAAUUUUCAAACCAAUGGUUUUUGGUACGACGCAGCAUUCAGGACAUUCAGAUUUGUUACAAAAAAUGCAUUUAAAUUGGACGUCAGAAAUGGUCGAAAAAAUGGUAAAUGACAGUAUUAUUGGACAAAAGAAUUUAACAGCUGCUGUGUUUAAACAUUUCAACAAGUCUUAUGCAGGAUUGGCUGAAUUGAUAUCAUCGCUUCGCACCUUAUGCCCGCUAGUGAGUUUAGCGAGAUUACGUCUUGCAGCACCAAUGUAUGUAGUUAUGGGUGCAGGUGGAGGUGCAUUAGGGUCUGGUAUUGCUGGUAUUAAUGCAGACGUUGAAGCUAUACUCGGUACUUUUGACUCUGAAACACCAGAACAAAGACGAUAUAUGGCAGCAAUGCAACAGCUUUUCUACUACUUUGUAUGGCAUGGACAUUUACCUGGUCCAGAAACUGGCCUAAUUAUGGUUGGACAAGAUUUACUUCCCCUUCAUGGCCUACCAGCUUGUGAUUUGUUGAUACAAGAAGAUCUAGUGCCAAGAUAUGCACAUAUCGAUUAGUGUUAUUUAACCAUCUCUUAGAUUUAACAAGGAUGUAUGGCU